UCAAGGUACAUACACAGAUCAUACACAAUAUUGAUUAAGGUACAAUAAUGUCUCAAGAAAUAUCAGGGGCCGAAGAACAAGCAGUGAAAGCCUAUGGAUGGGCAGCUAGAGAUUCCUCUGGUGUUCUUUCUCCCUUCCACUUCACCAGGAGAGGCAAUGGUGAUAAAGAUAUCAGCAUGAAGAUACUCUAUUGUGGAAUUUGCCACUCAGACCUUCACCUCGCUAAGGACGAAGUGGGAAUGACCAUAUAUCCCAUUGUCCCAGGACACGAGAUUGUAGGAGAAGUGACAAAGGUGGGGCGCAAUGUCACAAAAUUCAAAGUAGGAGACAUAGCCGGAGUUGGGUGCAUGGUGGGUUCAUGUCGCUCAUGCGACAACUGUACACAGGACCUGGAAAACUACUGCCCCAAAAUGGUGUGGACCUACAACAAACACCACGAAGACGGAUCAAGAACCUUCGGUGGAUACUCCGACAAGAUAGUAGUCGAUGAGCACUUCGUCGUUCAAAUCCCCAAAAACCUUCCACUACAAGGUACUGCUCCAAUGCUGUGUGCUGGGAUCACAGUUUACAGCCCUAUGAGAUACUUUGGACUGAUGGAGCCUGGUAAGCAUUUGGGUGUGGUGGGGCUUGGUGGCCUUGGCCAUAUGGCCGUGAAGUUUGCCAAAGCUGUUGGAGCAAAAGUUACUGUGAUAAGUACCUCCCCCAAUAAGAAGAAGGAAGCUGUGGAACAACUUGGUGUUGAUGAAUUUCUGAUUAGUCACGACCAAGAGCAAUUACAGGCUGCCAUGGGUACAAUGGAUGGUAUCAUCGAUACAGUUUCAGCCGCUCACCCUCUCUUGCAUUUGGUUGGCCUGCUGAAGACCAAUGGAAAACUAAUUCUGGUUGGUGCUCCAAUCCAGCCUCCUGAGCUACCAGUUUUCCCUUUAAUCUUGGGGAGGAAGCUUGUUGCUGGCAGUGCAAUUGGGGGAAUGAAAGAGACCCAAGAGAUGAUAGACUUUGCAGCAAAGCACAAUAUCACAGCAGAUGUUGAAGUUAUUCCAAUGGAUUAUGUGAAUACUGCCCUUGAACGAGUUGCCAAGGCUGAUGUUAAGUACCGCUUUGUCAUUGAUGUGGCAAACACCAUAAAAUCUCCAUAUUAAUAUGAAAAUAACUUCCUAGCCAACAUGCCUUGUUUGGCAAUAAGAUGAAUUACUAAGGAUCAUCAUCGCGCACAU